CGGGGGAGGGCCUUCGUGAGACCUGUGCGGCCGAGCUGGGGUUCAUGGCCGUCUCCGGGAAGCUCGGCGUUUUCCGUCUCCCGCCGUUACCCACGAUUCGAGAAAUCAUUAAGUUGUUUGGACUGCGAGCCGUGAAGCAGCUAUCCCAGAAUUUUCUCUUGGACUUGAGGCUGACAGAUAAAAUUGUAAGGAAAGCUGGCAGUCUGACAAAUGCUUAUGUUUAUGAAGUGGGCCCUGGGCCUGGGGGAAUCACAAGAUCCAUUCUCAAUGCCGGUGUUGCUGAACUUCUGGUGGUUGAAAAGGAUAGUCGAUUUAUUCCUGGACUACAGAUGCUUUCUGAUGCAGCACCUGGAAAACUGAGAAUUGUCCAUGGAGAUGUCUUGACAUUUAAGAUAGAAAGGGUUUUUCCAGAAAGUCUCAAAAGACAGUGGGAGGAUGAUCCUCCAAAUGUACAUAUUAUCGGAAAUCUGCCUUUUAGUGUAUCAACUCCACUGAUUAUCAAAUGGCUUGAAAAUGUUUCUCAUAGAAAUGGACCUUUUGCUUAUGGCAGAACCCAGAUGACUUUGACUUUUCAAAAGGAAGUGGCAGAGAGACUUACAGCCAGUACAGGAAGCAAGCAGCGUAGUCGCCUUUCCGUCAUGGCCCAGUACCUCUGCGAUGUUCAGCACAUCUUGACAAUUCCAGGUCAGGCUUUCAUCCCCAAACCAGAGCUUCCUGUCCCCCUCCUCCCCUGGUAACCACCAUUUCACAAGUCUGGCUUUUUCAAAUUCCA